AUGAAGAAGAAGGACAUGUAUCUCCGGCAUGCACCCGAAGGAUGGGAAGAAGAGCCAGAAAAAAAGUUCUAUCAAGCAUCUGUUCUCCUAGAGUCCAAUGAGGGUUGCCAGUUUAACCUCACUGUCGACGUGGAGUAUCACGCCCUUACUACGGAUUGGAUCUCCUGGAGCGACAUCAACAACAUCACAUCGGAAGAUUACCCCAUGUCAGAUGCUAUCGUUCAAUCGAAUGAACACUGCCACGAGAAUGAGAUUGUUAUGAUGAGUACGCCGUGGUGGCCCAGGCAGGACAUCACGCCGACCGAAAAAUUCCUACAAAACAUGACGAUGCUUGCAUAUGCAUGGACAUUGUCCGUCGAGUUCGAUGAGAAUCUUUUCCACCAAAUUGGCACGCCGGUUCCCCCGACCGUCCUUGACUUACUCGAACUACGCAAGGCUUAUACGGACAUCAAAUGGAGCGAUUUCGUCCCCCACGAGACCAAGACGUCUGACAUCGAGAUCGACUUAUAUGAUGUUCCCUUUACGGGCCCAGCUGCGAUCUUGGGCAUCCUGUGGGAGACGCGAGCGGCUAAGACAACUCUUAACAUUAGCCAAGAUCCAAGUACACUGCUGGGCACAAGUAUAUGGGGCAGCGGUGAUGCGAUAGUGUUGCGCGGUUUCACAAAACUCGACCUCGCUACAAGAAAGACAUUGAAAGAAGAACUUGCUGGAAAAGUCUUCUAUUCCAAGCAUGGCAAGCUUCGAGAAAGUGAGGCCAACAUCCAGGACGAUCAUGAGAGUACUUACGACCAAGUCACGAUCGCCAUGUCCGCUCUUUUUGACUCGGGUCAUGGCGUCUUGACUACUUUGUCGGAGAUGCCCCUAGCAUUGGAGCUGCGCAGUGUUCCAUUCGUGCAAGAAAUAUCGGUAAACAGAGAUCAACCUACCUGGCUGUUCAACUACACCAUCGACGAGAAAAGUUUCUCGAGCGACCUUGGCGACUUGGUGUGGGACAAUCUGCAGAGCCUGUCAAAAGACUGGAUGUACACCGCUAUUAUACAUACUGCGCUAGAGGGCCCGAAACCAGUGUGGAGCCAAGAUGAUUGGAGUUUUAUGCCUGUAUUUUCCGAUGUGGAAGGCUUCGCCUCGGCUGAAAUCAAGAGUUCAGCAGGUAGGGGCAACCGCUCCGUGGAGAGCCUGAGAGUCCAAACAUCCGCGAUUCGUGCUCGCCUGGAAUGCAGUGCUGUUGAGUGGCCCAGAAACACGAGCCUGUGGCUUCUGUCGCACAACGACGGAUAUGGACGUAACAUCACUGGACUAGACAACUAUUUCACGAUAGCACGAGUCGUUGACGAUCGCAAUUCCACGACGUGGCUUUCUACCCAAGGCAGCAUUCCACCUUGCUGCGCCAAUCUAACUGGAAACGCAACGUACAAUCCAGCCGCAGUUGCUUAUUGGACGGAGAAUUGGGAGGAAGUAUCUGGCCCCGAAGACAGUCGCGAUUAUCGUACAUCUGGAAACUUUACAGUCAAAUGGAUCCGAGGCUCUGGAAAGGUUGAACGAUUCCUCACGGGUAUGCGCCGUAAGCCGGAUGUAUACAUGUUCGUAUUUCCAGAGCCGCCCGCUAUACAGGCAUUGAACUGCAUGCCUAUCUUUGAGUCGAGCCAAGCAGAAGUUACAGUGGAGCCCAAAACCGGUGUCGUACAACACUACCGCAUCCUUGACGUUCCUGUUCGGGAGGAUGUCGCUUGGUCUGACACAUCCCAAUGGCGUCUUAAUCUCGAUUUCAUGUCGUACGCCGCUUACGCACAAGUGGGAUUUGAUCCUAUCGCCCUACUAGAUCCGGAAGUCUUGGCUAGAACAUCUUCAACUGUCUUCUCGACCUUCUUUCAGCACUUUGUAAACAGCAACCUGUCUCGCGAAUCCGGCGGCUAUGUCUACCAACCUAGGGGCAUGGAGCUCAAGAUCAACGCCCCAAUGGACGACAUGCCAGUCCAGUACAUGCCUGGUGGUUCCAUAGCGCCAAAGUUCGAAGACAUUGUCCGCAACACCAAUGCAACAACAACAGCGGAAUUAAGCACCCAGGUCGAAGUUCUCCAAAUGAAUCUCGUCGCGUUCUGGAUCGCCACAAGCAUCCUGAUCUGGCUUAUCAUCACCAUCAUCAUCCUCGGAUCGGUACAGAGGAAAUAUUACGGCGGCAUGAUGCGCAACAUCGAAUGCAUUGCCGACGUGCUGGUUCUUAUCGCUGGAAGCGAACGUUUGCUUGAAGUUAUCAGGGAGAAGGGGUUCGAUGCUAUAGUCAAGGAGGACAAGAUGCUGACGCGUAUGGGAUGGUUCCGAGAUGGUGAUGGAACCAUGCGAUGGCGGAUUGACUUGGUUGAGGAGAAGCAGGCUCAGAUGCAGCCCAUUCGUUUGGGCCCUGGGUAUGUUCCAGUGACGAAUGGGAUUGAGGAGUGCGAUGUAGAUGCUGGGUCUGAUCGUAGCGUCUCCCCACCCGGCAGCAACGGGGAAGACCAUGUAGAUGCUGUUUUGGACGCUGGCGUCGUCGGGUCGAGAUGA